UUUGGGGCGAGGAGGACAGUGAAAGUGAAUGUUUUUAGUACCGAAUAGUUUCCUGACGUGGUUGAAAUCAGCAAAGACUACCAUCAUGUCCAACACAACCGGAUUUUUUGAUGAAAUCGAGGAAAAUUUGCAGUAUGUGGGUGGUACGGCUGGUGUCGUUGCGCUGACAGCAGCAGCAGCCGCCGCCACAUACUACUACUCAACCAGACCUGUACCGGAGAAACCGCUAGUGCCUCUAGAUAACCAAUGUCCAAUCGAACCGGGUCCGGAACAGAUACACGUUUCAAAGUUCUACAAGGAGGCAAAGGAUGGCAAAUAUGUCGGCUGCCUCGAGGAAGACAUCCGAACGCUGUAUCAAUCAUUUCGGAAGGGUGCCUACUCGUCAAACAAUGGACCUUGUCUCGGAUGGCGAGAGAACCUACAGUCACCAUAUCAGUGGAUGAACUUCAAUGAAACGCUACUGCGCGCAAAGAACUUCGGUUCCGGACUGAUCUCGCUAGGAUUACGACCAGGGCCGAGCACGUUCAUCGGUAUCUACUCACAGAACCGUCCCGAGUGGAUCCUGUUUGAGCAGGGAUGCUACUGUUACUCGCUCGUAGUAGUACCAUUGUACGACACGCUUGGUCCAGAUGCGUGUGCUUUUAUCGUCGACCAGACGGAGAUGCAGGUGGUAGUUGUGGAGGACGACAAGAAGGUGAACCUGCUGCUGGACAAAGCUCCGAGAACACUGCGCAAAAUCGUUGCCAUCAAGGAGGUACGACCGGCAACACUGCAGCGAGCGAAGAAUGUCGGCAUCGAUGUACACACAUUCGAUGAGGUAGAGAAAAUGGGUGCAAUUAAUGAUCAUCCCGAGCUAGAGCCCAAACCGAGCGAUCUUUGUACGGUUUGCUACACCUCCGGCACGACUGGAAAUCCCAAAGGCGUGAUGCUAACACAUGCCAACGUACUAGCCGGCGUAGCAGGGGUACUGCUGCAGCUUGGACCACAUCGACCACGCGUCGGAGACAUUAUGGUGUCGUUCCUACCGCUAGCACACAUGCUGGAACGUUGCUGUGAGAACGGUGUCUACUACAUGGGCGGUGCUGUUGGCUUCUUUUCGGGCGACAUCAAGGAACUGACGAACGACCUGAAAGCACUCAAACCGACCCUGAUGCCAGCCGUCCCACGCCUCCUGAACCGUGUGUACGACAAGGUGUUUGCCGAGGUACAGCGAUCCUCCGUCAAGAAGCUGCUGCUAAAUAUGGCGCUCAGCUCGAAGGAGUCCGAAAUCAAGCGUGGUAUCGUGAGGCGGAACAGCAUCUGGGACAAGCUGGUGUUCCGGAAAAUACAGGAAGGUUUCGGUGGACGGCUACGGCUAAUGGUGGUUGGUUCGGCUCCGCUAUCCGAAGCAGUACUGUCGUUUUCGCGUGCCGCUCUCGGGUGUCUCAUCUGUGAGGGUUAUGGGCAGACGGAAUGUACCGCACCGAUUACACUUACAGUGCAGGGAGACUUCGUUUCGGGACACGUUGGACCACCGGUCGCUUGCAACGGGAUCAAGCUGGUGGACGUACCGGAGAUGGAGUAUUACGCGUCGCAACAGCAGGGAGAAAUUUGCGUUAAAGGAGCGAAUGUUUUCAUUGGGUACCUUAAAGAUCCACAGCGUACGGCGGAAACGAUCGAUAAGGAUGGUUGGCAUCACACGGGCGACAUUGGGCAAUGGUUACCGAACGGUACGCUCAAGGUGAUCGAUCGCAAGAAGCACAUCUUCAAGCUUAGCCAGGGAGAAUACAUCGUGCCGGAAAAGAUUGAAAAUGCCUACAUUCGCAGCCAGUACGUGGAGCAGGUGUUUGUGCAUGGCGAAAGCUUAAAGAGCUGCAUAGUAGCGAUCGUGGUCCCGGACGUGGAGGUCAUCAAGAGCUGGGCCCAGGAGAACAACAUUCCCGGCACGCUGAGCGUACUUUGCAACAACCCAGACGUCAAGCAGCUCAUCCUGAACGACAUGAUUCUGUGGGGUAAAGAGUUUGGACUGAAAUCUUUCGAACAGGUCAAAGAUAUCUAUCUACAUCCGGAUCCAUUCUCAGUCCAGAACGGUCUCCUAACGCCGACCUACAAAUCCCGGCGGCCACAGAUCCGAAGCUACUUUGCACCCCAGCUGGAUGACAUGUACAAACAUCUUGACUGAACCCGUGUACGGUGGUUCGCUAACUGAUCUAUCGAUCCAAACCCCAGUGCGGGAAAACCAC